CCAGGAAGUGGGAGGAUGGCAGUCAGCCCGGUUCCUGGUUGUGGGCCCCAGGGGAGCUCGCUCUCCAAAAUGACCACUGAUACGACUUGUCAGGUUCCCCAGAUUUAGAAGCUGAGGCCAGGACCAUGUGCAAGUGGCUUAUGAUGUGCUCCUGGGAGAACUCCAGUGUCAGCCUGAAUGUGAAUUAUAACUCAAAGUCUUUCCAGACUGAAGGCAAGGCAGCUGGGUUUUCAGAACAUCUCACCAUGUGAACUAGGAAGAACUAUCCUAAGUCUUCUGAAUUAAAACUGAGACUCAAUCUACAUUGAACUUCCUCAGAAAGGAAUCAUGAACAUUGAAGCAUAUUUUGAAAGAAUUGGUUAUAAGCACUGUAGGAACAAAUUGGACUUGGAAACAUUAACUGACAUUCUUCAGCACCAGAUCCGAGCCAUUCCCUUUGAGAACCUUAACAUCCAUUGUGGGGAAGCCAUGGAAUUGGGCUUAGAGGCCACUUUUGAUCAAAUUGUGAGGAGGAACCGAGGUGGGUGGUGUCUCCAAGUCAAUCAUCUUCUGUACUGGGCUCUGACCACAAUUGGUUUUGAGACCACGAUAUUGGGAGGGUAUGUAUACAACACUUCAGCAAACAAAUACAGCAAUGCCAUGAUUCACCUCCUGCUGAAGGUGACCAUUAAUGACAGGAACUACAUAGCUGAUGCUGGAUUUGGACGCUCUUACCAGAUGUGGCAGCCUCUAGAGUUAAUUUCUGGGAAGGAUCAGCCCCAAGUGCCUUGCAUCUUCUGCUUGACAGAAGAGAGAGGAAUCUGGUACCUGGAUCAAAUCAGAAGAGAGCAGUAUAUCCCAAACCAAGAAUUUCUUAAUUCUGAGCUCCUGGAAAAGAAUAAAUAUCGGAAAAUCUACUCUUUUACUCUUGAACCUCGAACAAUUGAAGACUUUGAGUCUGUGAAUAUAUACCUUCAGGAAUCUCCAGCAUCUGUCUUUACAAGCAAGUCAUUUUGUUCCUUGCAGACUCCAGAAGGUGUUCACUGUUUAGUGGGCUUCACCCUCACCUACAGGAGAUUCAAUUAUAAGGACAAUACAGAUUUGGUAGAGUUUAACACACUGAAUGAAGAAGAAGUAAAAGAAAAUCUUAAAAAUAUAUUUAAUAUUUCCUUGGAGAAAAAGCUUGUCCCCAAACAUGGUGAUAAAUUUUUUACCAUAUAGAGUAAGCAGUAAAAAUGGUCUCAGUAUUACUUCUAGUGCUGUAACUUUUUAUUAUAAAAAAAUUUUAACUUCUAUAAAAGUAGAGAGA